AUGAAGAUUGUUUUAUGGAAAGAACCAGAGAGAUCUUGUAAUUUACAAAAUAAAUCUAAUAAAAAAAAGUGGAUAAAAAAUAUAAUUUGGCAUAAACAAAAAAAAGAUACUUGCAACAUAAAUAAUAUAUCUAAUGAUCGCAUUGGCAUUAAUAGAUAUUCUUUUUUUGGUUUUUCUGAAAAGUUUUUGAAAAAGACUUUAUUAAGAGAUAAGAUAAUCGAUUCAUCUUUUAAUCAUGAAUCAGCAGAUAUAAUACCUUUUGACAAUCUUAAAAGAAGGGAUAUCUUCUUAUGGUCUAGAAAAAUAUCACCAGAUUUUUUAUCUUAUUUAUUGACAUUGAAACAAAAAGAUUUUGAUCUAAUACUUUCAAGUUUAUAUUAUCUGAAUGAAAAUAUCAAGAAAAAUCCUUUAUUUUUGUCAAAGGAAGCAUACUUUAAUUCUAUGGAGUCUAUUAAAACUAAUCAAAAAAGUAAAUUAUAUAUAUUGAAACAAUCGUUUUAUACCUUUAAUUAUCAUUCUAAAUUAUGGUUAACAGUCUAUAUACCUAAGACGAUAAGAUGGUUUGUUUAUAUGUGGAUAUUAUUUGUAAUUACAUUCGCUCUAUAUGAAUUUGAUAGAAUACUUAAUAUAAUUGAAAAAGGAAUUAAUACUUGGUAUAGCGACUAUGGAUUUUUAGAAAAAAAUCCUCUUGAUUAUGAUUGA